AUGAUUAUGCUAUUUUAUCUAUUAAACAUUCAUUCAAAAUCACUAUACACUUUACAUCUAUUGAAGAACAAGACUAUAUUUAAUGAUUCCAAAGAGUGUUAUAUUAUUUUACGUGAACGUGGUGGUCGACUUGGAAAUCGUUUAUUUAUGUUUGCAUCAGCUUAUGGUCUAUCACUUAAAUAUUCAUGUCAGUUAUACAUAGAUCGAAAUAUUAUUGAUGAACUACAACAAACAUUCAAGAUUAAUUUGACAAAUUUGUUGUCGAAAUCACAAUUAAAUAAUUUGACUUCAAUUACAAAAAUACAGAAUCAUUGUUUAUAUAUUUCUAAUCUUUUAUAUACAAACAACAGUUAUUCGAUUGAAUUAUCAGGAUUCUGGCAAGUACAUAAAUAUUUUAUCGAUCAUAUGGAACAGAUAAAACAACAAUUACGUUUUAAACAAUCAAUUUUAGAUCGAGUGAAGAAUUUUCUCGACAAAAAUAUCAAUAAAAAUGUUUCCACUUCCGUAGGCAUACAUAUUCGACGAGGAGAUUUUCUACGUGUUCGACGUGUUUCAUCCAACAAAUAUAUAUUCAAUGCAAUGUCUCAUUUUCAAAUAAAAUAUCAUUCAGUUAUGUUUAUUAUAGUAUCCGAUGAUAAAGAAUAUUGUCGAAAAACAUUUGGUCAGAAAAAUAAUGUAUUAGUGACACCUGAUUCAUUUAGUACUGCUGAUGAUUUGGCUACAUUGACUCUAUGUGAACAUACUAUUCUUACUGCAGGAACAUUUGGAUGGUGGGGAGCUUUUCUUUCACAUAAUCGAUUGGGUGAUGUAUUAACUGAUUCAAAAUCAGAUCAUACUCCUCUUGAUGCUAAUUGUCGACAAGAUGACUAUUUUCCAUCAUGGUUUUCGUUUUUAAACAUUGUCAUUGGUAUUGGUUUAGUCUUGUUUAUUGAUCAAUCAAAUUUCAAUAAGUUUUCAAUUCGUAGAUCCAAUUAUACAAGAUAUCUUUUAUUGAAAAAUAAUGAACAAUAUUCAACAACUGUUGUAAUAGUAUAUUUUCCAUUGAGUAAAUCUAAACAUAGUAACGCUCAAUAUCAAUCGUGGCUUGAAAAUCUAUUAGGAUUUUGUCAAUCACCUAUCAUUAUAUAUACAUCAAUUGAAUAUAAACCGAUUCUACAACAACUUCGCCGAAAUAGUUCAUUAAGAACUCACUUUAUUGUGGAAUAUAAUUUACCGUUUGAAAUAUCACCAAUAAAAAAACUUGUUCCUAUCUUUGAACAACAAUAUCUCACUGAUCCUGAACGUGCAUAUCACUCGAUUGAAUUGUAUGCUGUAUGGUGUGCUAAACCGUUUAUAUUGAAUCGAAGUGUAGAGCUUAAUCCUUUUCGAACAAAAUAUUUUCUCUAUAUUGAUGCUGGAGCUUUUCGAUCUUCUAAUUAUCGUUUUCAAUCGUGGCCAUACGAACCUUCAAUUCAUUCAAUUCUUGCUAAUAACAAACUUCUUUUCGGUAUGAUCUCUCCGCUUCCUCGUCAGUUUUGUCCAUUAUUGUAUACUGUAAAUAAAAGUCUCAUUCGACAUGAUCUCAUUCAAGCUGGUCUAAUGGGUGGUACUGCUGAUGCUAUCCAUUGGUGGACAUCAGUAUUUUAUGAAACAAUCGAUAUUUAUAUUUCAAAGAAUUUUUUCAUUGGAAAGGAACAAAAUUUAAUGAAUGCUAUUGCACUCAUGUAUCCACACAGGAUCAAUAUGAUGCUUUCAUUUCGUACCUCUUGUGGCAAUAAAUGGUUUGCUUUCGGACCAUUACUAGCAAAUCAAGCUGAGAAACAAAGAUUGGCUUUUUCUAUGACCUGUCAACAUCAGAAUUUAUCUGAAGUUAUUAUUCCUUUCGAAAAUAUUUGUAAUGAUCCUAGAAAUGUUAAAUAA